GAAUUCUUCCAACAGAGCGGGCUGGUGGGAGGUGUCAUGAUGUAGUCAUUUUUUAAGAAACAAAAGGGAUGUCGGUAACAGAAUUGAACAUUGACGAUGAUGAGACGGUGGCAACGGGUUUGACGACGGAGGUUGGACUUGACGAUGAUGUGACAACUGUUGCCACGGAAACACUAGACGAGAAGGGAGAUUCUGACGCUGAAUUAGAUGCAAUUGCCGAGGUGCCUGCUGACUCGAAAAAGAAACAAAAGAAUCCUAAAUUUCAAGCCUUUUUUCAUACUAUUAAUAAACAGGACGAUAGUGGGGAUACCGAUGAAGAAUUUAUUGCUAAAACUCAGUCUAGAUUGAAGGAUGAAUGGGCGCUUCGUUAUACCAAAGGUCAGACCAUGAAGGGCUUGAGUCAUCUAUCAUGGGUCGUCGAAUGGGGAAAGGAGAAUCAUAGGUGUCACUUCCAUGUUAUCUAUAAGUUCGAUCGCGACCAUCGUAGGACACAGAAUGCAAUGUUUCAAUUCUUGAAGAAACGGUGGGGGUUUGUCGACGGGAAGCAUCUUGUAGCACGUAACUGGAUUCGGGCGUGGAAUUAUCUCAACAAAAUGGAUCAGGGAAGCUUACCUGUUCAGGUGUUGGGCGAUCCUUUACUUGCUGAGAAAGGUAGCGUGAAUGCGGAGAAACAUACUUGGCAAGAUCGACUUAACCAUCUUGUUAGAGUGGAUGGGAUUCGAGAUGAGAGGAAGUUGGUGCAACUUGAUCCUAGGUUGAUUGGAAAAUCAAGUCAGAUUCGACAUUUAUUGAAGAUGACGAAGGAGUAUCGAUGCACGUACUCUGAUUUUCUUUACGUCUGGCAAUCGUUUGUUACUGCUUACUUGUUUGCUAUGGAGGGUGAUCAUCGAACGUAUUUACAUCUGUAUGACUUGCAUGGUAAUGCGGGAAAAAGUUGGUUUGCUGCGAUAUUGAAAACGUAUUUUGGUUCCAAGCUGUGUCUCAUUGACGCUGCGGGACAAUAUGGAGACAUGGUUGAUUCGGCUAGGGCUGAGCUGGAAGACUCUGAGAUUAUUAUCAUUGACGCUAGCAGGUCCGAAAACAAUGCAAAAUCGAUUUCGAAACUAGUGGAGAAUAUUCUGAAUGGGCGUGUCCCGGCUACCAAAUAUGAGUGUGAUGCAAUUCAAUCGGAUGCCUCGUUUGUUGUACUGCUAUCGAAUGAUCCGCCUUUUCCUGGGCGGUUGUCUUUAGAUCGGACCAUUUGCGUUCGACUAGAGGGCCCUGAGAAAGCUCCUUUUAAAUUACUGACCACGAGGGAAUGGGUGGAUAUUCACAACGAAGUGGUCGCCAAAGAGAAAUCGAACCCGGACUGGUUUCAUUUCGAAGAUUAUUGCGCGGCGGCACCUUGUGAUGGCAAGCCUAAGAAGCCUGGUGCAAUAUACAUGGAAUCCUUUAAGAAAAAAUUGAAGGUUGCUGCUGUAAACCCACAAGCGAGUAAGAUUAACUCUGAUGGUUGGCACGCACACACCAAAACUUGGGUUAAGAAUCAGAUGACUUUCGAAGCGUUUUCUCGCUGGGUGAGGGAUAACCGUGAGGAAUAUCAUCGUAUUGCGACCAUGUUUACGGAUCCGUGUAAGGAAUGCGAUUGGAAUUUGACACAGGAGCAGAGGGACGAACAUAACAACUUAGGAUUUGCGAUGGGAAUGGAGGCGAAGAAGAAGCGGGUUCAUCUGGACAGGAAGAAACUGCGGAACGACCACAUGAAAAAUAUCAAACUACGAAAGGUGGAGGAAGAAGCUGAUCUCGCGCUAAGGAGGGUUAAGGAUGAAGGAAACGAGGAAGAGAUUGACGAGGUUGUUGAGGGGCAGCCUGCUCUAGUUAGUUCACAGUAAAACAUAAGUUGAUUUGCUG